CGGAGUUCGACAUUCAGUCUCAAAUUGUCUUAGCGAGUGUACUUGAAGUCUACAAAGCAAGUUCGAAGAUGCCACCGAAGGCUAGUGGAAAAGCUGUGAAGAAAGCUGGUAAAGCUCAGAAAAAUAUCAGUAAGUCUGAUAAGAAGAAGAAGAGGAGGAGGAAGGAAAGCUAUGCCAUCUACAUCUAUAAAGUGUUGAAGCAGGUCCAUCCUGAUACUGGUAUUUCCAGUAAAGCCAUGAGCAUCAUGAACAGCUUUGUUAAUGAUGUUUUUGAGCGUAUCGCUGCUGAAGCUUCACGCUUGGCACAUUACAACAAGAGAUCUACCAUCACGUCUCGGGAAAUCCAAACUGCUGUCAGGCUUUUGUUGCCUGGUGAAUUGGCUAAGCACGCCGUUUCUGAAGGCACUAAAGCUGUCACUAAGUAUACCAGCUCCAAGUAAACGCUACAGCACCCUAAAACAUAAUCAUCGGCCCUUUUCAGGGCCAACAAUUU